AUGGGCAUGAAAUCCGUCGAUUGUCGACAACAAGCUCUGGCAGUGGUCCGGAGGAAUCCCGGCGGUUGUCUGGAGGAAUACCGGUGGUGGUCGGGAGGAAUCCCGACGGUGGUCCAGAUGAAUCUCGAUGCAAAUGAGCUCUCCAGUGAAGUAAACAGUCUUAAAAAAACAUUAGCAAAGAAGAUUGAUAAUUUAGAAAGUGCGUCAUUGAGAUCUCCCUGUGGAAAACCCAGCAUCAGAUUAGAGGACUCAAAUGAAUGCUUACCAAUGAAGAACAAUCUAGAUACACCAUCAGGACAGAAUCCAAUUCAAAGUGAAAAUGCUGCUAUCACUCUGCAUGAAAUUGAUAAUGAGAAUAGAUUGGUGUUUCAUGAUGAGCCUAUGAUUGUAUCUCUUCAGCCAGACUGUUGCAGAAGAACCAAGGGUAAUUAUGGAACUGGAACUGACAGAAGUUACAACCCUUGUGCAUUUCAUACUCUUGUGGAGCUCCUAGUUGGCAUGAAAAUUUAUGUGGAAUGCCAAACUGAAGGACCAUGCUUUUUGGUUAUCCAUCAAAUGAGUGGUAAAAUUUGAC